UUGUGCGUAAGGUCCCAUUGAGAAGAAGAGCAGAAGAUGGCGAGUUCAAACAAUCCACGUAAAUUUAGCGAGAAAAUCGCUUUACAUAAUCAGAAACAGGCCGAAGAGACUGCAGCUUUCGAAGAGGUGAUGAAAGACCUAAACAUUACUAGAGCUGCACGGUUGCAGUUACAGAAGACCCAGUAUUUGCAACUAGGGCAGAAUCGUGGACAGUACUAUGGAGGCUCACUGCCCAAUGUCAAUCAGAUUGGAAAUAGCAACAUUGACCUGCCUUUUCAGAAUUCCACCUUGGACAGCAGUCGGUCGACCAGGCACCACGGACUGGUAGACCGCGUUUACCGCGAUCGGAACCGAAUCACCUCUCCGAACCGCCGGCCCCUCUCUGUGGACAAACAUGGCCGCCAGAUUGACAGCUGCCCCUAUGGCUCAGUGUACCUCUCACCCCCACCGGAUACCAGUUGGAGGAGGACGAACUCCGACUCAGCCCUACACCAGAGUGCCAUGCACCCUGUGCCCCAGGGCUCAUUUACAGGGGGUUCACAAGAGCUCCAGCCUAAACAAGUGCUGCUGCUUACAGUUCCUGGGACUGAGGAGUCUGAAUCACUCGCAGACAAGGAUACACAGUGGGGUAACAAAAAGAAUGACUCAAGACCCAAGUCUUGUGAAGUCCCCGGGAUCAAUAUAUUUCCAUCACCUGAUCAGGAAGUGAACACGUCAUUGAUCCCGGCCACGCUCAACACAGGAGGCUCCCUGCCCGAUCUGACCAACAUCCAGUUCCCUCCACCACUGCCCACUCCGCUGGACCUGGGCAAAACGUUGGUGUUUCCUUCCCUUAGCACCUCCAACAACACGGGAAACCUGACAACCAACCUCACCCUCCUAGGCAUCAGUGCUGCCAGCCACGGGAUCCCAACCACCGCUCAGCCUACCGUGACGGCCCAGCGCAGGCAGUCCACCCUGGUCCCCCUAAACGCCAACCCACAGCAGUCACCGCAGCAGCUCUGCCCCACCCUAUCGCCCCCUCUCAACAUCCAGGCAAUGGCGAUGGACGCCUUGACUCUGGAGCAGCAGCUAUCCCAGUAUGCCUUCUUUAGCCAGCUGACAGCGCAGUCCCAGGCCCAAGUGCUCAAUGACCUGCAGCAGCAAGCCCUGCCCCAGGGCAUCAGGCUAAUUACCCUGGCCACCACCACUGCCUCCACAGCCACCCAGUCCUCCCCAGUCAGCCAGAUCGCGACGACUGUCAACAUCAACUCGUACCGCAAUCAGACUGGCUCUCCGGCCAAUCAGUCUCCAACCUCCCCAGUCUCCAAUCAAGGCUUCUCCCCUGGCGGCUCGCCUCAACACAUUCCAGUGGUGGGCAGUAUAUUUGGGGAUUCUUUCUACGACCAGCAGCUAGCAUCAAGGCAGACCAAUGCUCUCUCCCAUCAGCUCGAACAGUUCAAUAUGAUUGAGAACCCGAUCAGCUCCAAUAGCCUGUACAGCCAGUGCUCCACCCUCAACUACACACAAGCAGCUAUGAUGGGCCUCACAGGGAGCAGUCUGCAGCCGUUGGGCUACGGUAGCCAUGGCAACAUCCCAAACAUCAUCCUCACAGUGACAGGCGAGUCUCCACCCAGCCUCUCUAAGGAGUUAACCAACUCACUGGCUGGCGUCGGAGAUGUCAGCUUCGACGCGGACUCUCCAUUCCCAUUGGACGAGCUGAAGAUGGACCCCCUCACCCUGGACGGACUGCACAUGCUCAAUGACCCCGACAUGGUUCUGGCCGACACUGCCACCGAGGACACGUUCAGGAUGGAUAGGCUGUAAUACAGAAUGCUGUCAGUGGCCAACGACAAAAAAGAACCCUAGGAAGAAAGGGAAACCAGGCAUGGCCAUUCAGCUAUUCAACCUCGCACUCACCCUCAAGUCCUUUGAAAUGAUGAGCCACCAAAACCCAUUGUGGAGAAGGACAUGCAAUGGCUUGUUAAGGUCAUGAAUGGAAUUGUUGUAAUUUCCAAUGAGAUUGUUGGUUGGUCAGUGCUUUGCUAGCUUGCUGCGUUAACUAUCUCUAAUGUCUUACCAUAUAUCCCACAGUGUCACACUUGAUAAAAGAUUGUAUAUCUCCUUUUUAUUUUGUUUUUUAUUUUUCUACAAAUCUACAUGCAUUUAAAAAGCGAAAAGCCACUAGGAAGGUGAGCUGCACCAUACCUAUUAUCAUUCCUUACCAACCAUAUAAGCUUUAUACUUCACACUCAAAGCUUUAUUUUUAUUGACAACCAAAUGUUAAUGUUUGCGUUAUGCGUAUGAUGGAUUUUUAUUUAUUGAAAUAUUUAUUACUUCAGUUGAAUGUUUUUUGUUGCAUUUCAAAAUGUGUUUGAGUUUGAAGCCAAUGUCUCUGCUCUAACUGUAUUGUGCAAACUACACUGAUUAUGGAUCUAUUAAUUUAAGUUACAUAUUUAUGUAUUGAGCUGCUCUGUUAAACUUAAGGAGUACAAAUCCUCCCCAUGUUUGCUCUUACGGUUGCCAGUUGCAACGACAUCUCACUAGAUAUAAUCAGAUAAGGCCUCUUAAAAUAUAGGAUAGGAUCUGCAAUUGUGUUUUCAUCACUUACAUGGGCCCGCAAUCGUUGGGUUUCAUCUUGUGCCAAUGCUGUUUUUAGAUGUAUCUUAACUAAUGAAAAACAUAUUCAACAGAUGCUUAUAAGCUUAAGCAAAUGUGACAAUGUAAACAUGGAAAAUGCAAAUACCCAAACUAGAUGGCCAUAAUUCUCCUUUGCAUGUAAAUCUAGAUUGAACGCCUCCUGAAAAUCUGAAGGAUACAAACUCCUCAGAAACCUGUUGAACUUGUCACUGUGAGAUCACCUGAUUUUGCCUUACAUAUUGAGUAUUGUACUGUUUUUAAGUGUAACUAAUGUGACAGUGUAUUUUCUUAACUUCUAACAUUUUCUUGUAUUUGAGAGGAAUUUUAAAUCCUAGUCAGUGACAAUAUUUGUGGUUAUGUAGUGUAAAGUUUGACAAAUCACUGUACUGUAUUUUGUACUGGUACACUUUCUAAAUGAGUUAUAGGUGUUUUGUAAAAAAAAAAAUAAAAAAAAAAAAAGGAAAUGUUGAUUUCAAAUUUGUGAUGGAGAGUGCAAAUAUGGGGAGGCUUUCUUCUCCUUAAAGGGAAACUUACAAACGCAAAUACAAUUAUUUUGGUAGACAAUUGUUAUGAUAAAAAACAAUGUUACUUAGAAUUCAUAUUUGGUUCUUCCCUCCCGAUUAGGGGCUGGUAGAAAAUUAUUUGAACCAUUCCAUUUUAUGCUCCUAGUAAAAUGAGUCCCAAAACACAUGUAGAACUUUGCAAAAGAGGUUAAAAUGGGCAGAGCUUUCGUCUAUUUGCUAACUUGUAGAGCUGAAAUACUUUAACUUUUUAUUUUACUCUAUCUUCCUCUCUGUUUCAUAUUCUGACAUUUCCGGUUUGAAAACUAAUAUAGCGAGAUGGAAGUGAAGAGCAACUUGGCUAAAUUGGAUGUGAUGUUUCCUUAUAUGGGCUGAGAAUGUGUCAACCAUUUAUAAAGAACACAAUAUUACAUUUUUUUGUUUUUCUCAACAUUUGACAUUUUUAUACUGUAGCUAUGUUUGAUCAUGUUUCUACUGUACUGUGUGUGUAUAUACAGAAAAUGUUCAUGUUACUUUUUAACUAAAUCCCAAUGUGGGAAGAGGCAUAGUUCCCCAACUAUGAGCUAAUGAUAAGUACAAAUAUAUAUUUGAGAAAGAAUAUUUGAUUCUUACGCAAAUCGGAAAUGAGAAAUCAUACCAUUGCAUCACUAGAAUAUGUAGAAAUGCACCGUUGUACAAAAAACUGUUUGAGCCAAACUGCAAUACUCCAGUAUGCUACUUUCUACAGUGCCAUCCAGAUUAAUUCGCUGCAAAUUAUUUUUGUUCAUUUUUGUUUGUCUGAACAUUUUUUCCAAAAUGUGCAUUCUGAUAUCCUGUACAUAGGCUAUAGCUGAAACAAAAUGACCGCAUGACAAAAAUGGAAGUGACCCUUAGAAAAAGGCCUUCAAAUCAAGUGUUUGGUCACACACAUUUAGCAGAUGUUAUUGCGGGUGUAGCGAAAUGCUCGUUUUCUAUACAGUUUUGAUUUAAAUUGCGCUCUACAAUGUAGUAAAAACAGAAAACACCACAUCAAAAAUUAUGCAUGUGUCAGUUGUUCCUAAUGAUUCAUGUAAAUGGUUACUUUUCAGAUGACUGUGUUGCCUCCAUUUAUGCAUAAUGCUAGCGCAUUGCUGAAAUAAGAAUGUAUUUGUUUAAGGUCUUGGAAUUUCUGUUUCAACAAAUGACAUAAGCCAAAAGCAUUUUUCUUGAAUAUCUCUUACUACCAUCCAUUUGUUGUUCAAUUGAAUUGGAAAUUCACAUUGCGUUCUCCUCAAAUAAUCAAAUCAAAAUGAUGGAUGUGGAUAAAAGCCAAAUAGUUGAUGUGAUUUAUAGCAUGCAUGUUGUAAUUAGUUUAAUGACCACCCAAAUUACUGAGCUACAAGUGUGAACUGAAAGGGAAAAAUGAUGGAAUCAGAUGUUGUGCAUCUUUUCCAUUCCUUUAAGACUGAGGCACACACUGAAUAGCUGGAGCUACAGAAUAUUAGGCUUGGGCCAUGGACUCCCCUUGACAUUAGACCACAAUAUAACAUCUUCGGACAAAUUUAGAUUUUGGAGUGAACUGUCACUUUACUGUCCUGGCAAGAGUGGAAAAAAAAACAGUUUCACUAGCUACUUAAAUAUGCUGCUUACAGUAGCGGUCAAACUUGGCACUGUUUACGAUCUUUAAAAAAUAAGUUGAAAUUGGAAAGACUGUUGGUUUAAGUGUAUUUGUUUGAUUUACGACCGCACAUGACCAAGAGAGAAAAUGAAAUUGAGAUUUUUAACUUAAGUCAAAAAAUUGAUGGACUGAAUUAUUCAAAAUUCAAAUGAAUUUGGUUAGAGGCAAGUGAUUUCUCUUUUACUGUGUAAUUUUUCACCUGUGGUAAGUUGCAGGUGUCUACAGGGUAAAAAAUAGCCAUUCAAACCAUUUUGAAAAGAGAACAUUCUGCUCCAUUGCACUCAAUUGUAACGUGCCUAUUUAUUUGACUGUACUCUAUUUGCAGUAGAACUUGACUGUCAAGAGAGCUUACUGUCAGUUGCAUGACAUGACAGAUGUUAUAAGUAGUCCCUAUUGCUGAUACGGGUUUAUUGAAAAUGAUUCAGCACUAUCAUGUUGACUUCAGCAGUAUGCGUAUGAACUAUGGCUAGCUAGCUAACAUACAUUGAGGCAUGUUUUGAAAUCAAUUCUAAACACAUAUCAGUUACUGUGACUGCAUACAGUAAGACAUAUUCUAUGUAAGGUUUAACAAAUAUGUUUGUAUUGUAUGUGUUCGUUCUUAUUCUGUUGCUUUCUCACUUUAGUUAUUUAUGGUCACCUGCCUUGUGAACAGUGACUGUUCUGUCAAUGCUGACUGUUUUACCCCAAAUUUGAAGAAAGCGUAUAUUCUUUUCUUUUUGUAAAGCCGGUCAUUUUAAAUGUGACUUGGAAGCAUAUUCCUUAUUUUGGGAUGCAAAACCAGAAAGGGCUUAUUCCAAUGCAGCUUGUUUUCCCAUCGUGUUAAAAAAAAGAAAUAGCAGUCAAUAUAUUGUCGAUCAAUAUACCAUACUGCUCUGCAUAUGCAUGGGAAGUGGAAAUCUAAUAAGGUGAUGUGGACUCCUGUGUUGACAGUAGUUAUUGAAAUCAACUGACUGAAGUGAGAAUGUUAUCUUGAUUCUCACUAAGUAUACUGUCACUGCCUGAGGACCUGUCACCACAAAUUCCCUCAACUAAUAAGGUAAACAUUGAGCAAUUGCAAAGGAACUUAAUCUCAAGUGAAUGAAGAAUUUGGUUUUGUUACCCAUACUUUAAAUGCAUUAGUAUGAAUCCAUAUAAUUGCCUCUAGGACAGUUGAUGUUGGAAAACCUAAAAUGACACUUUUGGAAAGUAUUUCCAGUUAGUAAUGUAAAGAAAAUCUCUUCUUGGUCAGUUUUAAGUGGGUAUCACAUAUUUAACCAUUGUCCUGUAAAUCAUAUUCAGAGAUGUAUUUCUUUGUUGCUAUGUGAAACUACGUAUGUGGCCCAUUUGUAAGAUGAAACUUGAAUGUGGGUGGCAUCUUUUUCCUGUACAUAGUCUCAAUAUCAAAUAAAACUCAUUUUCACCAA